UAUAGAGAGCAGUUGUUGUGCCUUGGAUGGCCACUUGCAGGCUUUUAAGACUCCAGGCACUACACAGUGAACUAGGAGGUAGAACAGAAGCACUAAACACGUUAUUAGGCCAGUUAACUGGGCUAUCCAGUGAAACCAUGACCCAGAAGCUGAGUAAUUGUAACGGAAAUUUUUGUUAGACCACUUCUGAUAGUUCCUGCUCUUGACAAAUGCUUUCUCCUUCUCUCCCUCUCAAAACUUAUGGGUACUCUUUUACUCAUUAAUCCCCUUUUUUUCUCUUCUCAAUCUCUUCCUCCUGUCCCGCCCCUGUGCUCUUCACUGCAGUGAGUGGUGGUGAUGGGUGUUUCAAACUGCAGUGGCUAAGACACCAGCCAGCUCUGUUGCUCACGGGGCGGCUCAGCGGGUUGCUCCUGAGUUGCAGUCAUGUGCUGCUUGGUGGGAUGCCCAGCCCAGGUAGGCUUGCUCAGAUUUGUUGGGUGGAUGGUGCUGCUGUCAACCAGUGUUCCUUGGCUCGCUACCACGUGGCCUUCAUCCUGCUGGGAGGCUAGACAGGGCUUUACAAGAUCGAGUUCCAAGAAGCAGCUCCAGUGCUAAAGUGUGUUUUAUCAAAUUCUUGUUUGUUUCACGUUUGUGGGUAUCUCAUUGGCCAGAGUUCCCAUGACCGAGCCUAGAGUCUGUGUGUGAGGGGCUAUGUGGACACCAGGAGGCAUGGGCGGAGUGAGGGGGGGCGUUAACAGUCUACCAGUGUAGGGGGGUGGGGGGCUUUUUGUGCUAGCUGUAAAUGACAAGUUCAGUGUUUGUAGUUUAUUUUAGUUUACACUGGACUCAGUUCGAGGAACCUUUUUUUAGCGCUGGGUGCUGGGAAUUCACAAAUAUGGCACAGUCUCUAGCUGCUCUGUGUCUAGUUUGUACAAUACACGUGAUCUCAAUUUCUAAGCAGGAAACGUCCUCUUUAAACUUUAUUCAUGGCUUUAGACACAAAAGAUAGGAACUGCUUACAGGAACCUCUGUUGGGGCCUGAUUUUGCUUUCAGAAAGUGCUGAUAAGUACUGGGAAAAAACGGGUUGCUAUGAUGAUUUGGCUUUGGGCCUGCCAACUGGUGACGACACAGUCACCAAGGAAACCAAGACACAGCUUCUGAAGGCCCCUUGGAAGGCUUUGUUCCUCUGUCUAGAAUCCGCCUGGCUGGGGAGCGUGGUGUUGGAGACGGAGCUGAAAGCAGAGAGGCCUGCUGUUCUGCUGGCACUUUCAGGACCAGGGUGGCAUUUGUUUUUGAAAUCCUUACUUGGGCCUUGUUUCAGAACCAGGGGAGGUUUGGAGUAAUUUCAAGGUUAUUGUGAGAUUUGGCUCUGAUGUGGAUGCUGCUGAGAGAGCAGGAAAUGAAGUCAUGUUGUUUUGAACAUGUAGUGGGAGAGUGAACCGUAAAUGCCUAAAUAUGGGCAACUCUGCAGGUCUGCAUUGCGGGGCCAGCGUGGUGAAUUUUGAUAGAAUUGGGUACUUCCCGUGUUGGCCCCUUUGAUCCUUAAAGGUACACAGCAUGCCUGUGGAGGUGGGGGCCCGGUGGUUCUACUGAAGUGCUGGCCGAGGGGUCGGCUCCACGCCUUCAUCGAGGCCCUUGAUUUUGAACACUUGAACCAGCAGCGAACCUCCCCAGAGCCUGAGCUCCCACCUGUUCCGAUUCACAGAUGGAUUCAGUGGAAAAGACAACAAAUAGAAGUGAACAGAAAUCAAGAAAGUUUUUGAAGAGCCUCAUCCGGAAACAGCCCCAGGAGCUGCUCCUGGUGAUCGGGACAGGCGUCAGUGCGGCCGUGGCCCCAGGGAUCCCGGCGCUGUGCUCGUGGCGAGGCUGCAUCGAGGCUGUCAUUGAGGCUGCGGAGCAACUGGAGGUGCUGCACCCCGGGGACAUCGCCGAGUUCCGGAGGAAGAUGACAAAGGAUCGAGACCUGCUGGUCGUUGCCCACGACCUCAUCCGCAAGAUGUCACCACGCACAGGUGACACCAAGCCCAACUUCUUCCAGGACUGCCUCAUGGAGAUCUUCGACAACCUGGAGCAGCACAUCCAGAACCCGCUGGUGCUGCAGUGCAUCCUCAGCCUGAUGGAGCGCGGCACCAUGGUGCUGACCACCAACUACGACAACCUGCUCGAGAUCUUCGGGCAGCAGCAGAGCAGGCCCAUGGAGUCGCUGGACCUCAAGGACAAGAGCAAGGUCCUCCAGUGGGCAAGAGGCCACAUCAGAUAUGGCGUCCUCCACAUCCACGGCUUAUACACAGACCCUUGUGGGAUGGUGCUGGACCCCUCAGGGUAUAAAGAUGUGACUCAAGACCCCGAAGUAAUGGAAGCCCUGCAGAACCUGUACCGCACCAGAUCUUUUCUGUUUGUGGGCUGUGGAGAGACCCUGCGUGAUCAGAUAUUCCAGGCUCUCUUCCUUUACUCUGUGCCGAAUAAGGUGGACUUAGAACACUACAUGGUCGUGCUCAAGGAGAAUGAAGACCAUUUCUUUAAGCAUCAAGCGGAUAUGCUUCUGCACGGAAUUAAAGUCGUAUCCUACGGGGACUGUUUUGACUGUUUUCCAGGCUACGUGCAGGACCUCACCAUGCAGAUCUGCCGACAGUGCAGCCCAGAUGCGGACCGUGUGGACAGCACCACAUUUCUGGGUAACGCAUGUCAGGACUGUGCAAAGAGGAAGCUAGAAGAGAAUGGAAUUGAAGUUUCAAAAAGACUGAGACAGUCAGAUACUGAUGAUGCCGGAGGGUCUUGAAAUGUUUAAAACCAAUAAAACCUGCAACUUGAAAACCAGCCUUCUGUAACCACAGUGCCACACACACACGAUGAGGAAUGUUCAGAGAACUCCGCACGGGAUCUCUCAAUUCUGGACCAUCAUACACCCCAAAAGAGCUGUGUGGGAGCGAGGCUGGGUGCGGGAGCCCACUGUGUCUGACCGCUAGGAGGGAGGCGCACGCUUCAGGUACACUUUGUAAGGACAGAUGGACAGCUACCUCAGGAACCAAACCGGGGCAGGGCCACACGCCCUCUUUAUCAAGGUUGCUUUUUCCAGUGAAACGGGGAGAGUAAGACCGUCCUCGCAACAGUGGUUGCCAAAGAGAAAACAAGAACCCACUUACAUUCUAUGGUUUUCAUGUGGAAACAUCUGUUACUGUAGAAAAAAAUUAAAGGUAUGUUUGUUAUACUGUUAAUAGCGAAGAACAAGUGGAUUCUGCACGCCCCUGGAUCAGCUAGUGAGAAUGGCAUUUUUAAAAAACGAUUAGCUAAAGAGGGCUUCUUUGGAAUGGUGUCAUUUUAGUGACUUCAGUUCCAGAGAAAGGGCAGGUACACUGACGGCUCAGCGGUGUGAAGUCACGAGGAGCCAGAGGCCUUUUCAAGGUUCACUUCAGUGUCGCACACGUCCAUCUGGGGACAUUGCCAGUGGGCAAAAGACCACGUUGCUAGCUUUUAGUUACAGUAUAAAUGCCAAGCUUUUUAAGUCUUUAUUUGUGGAUGAGGCCCAACCUUUCUAUUCUCAUCUCCGGAAGCUCUCCUCCCGUGGCCAUGGUGAGGAGCUGGUUAGUGCUGUGGCCGGGAGCUUCUGUGGCCGGAGCGAGAGCUGGCUGUCUCCGCAUCCCGGCCCUGCUUGGUCUCCGCGCAAAGGCUGCCAGCUUUUGAUGCGGCAUUUCUCGCCAGGCCUGUGCCACUCCCCGCCGGUGGCACUGGAGCUCCCCACAGUGUCCAGAGAGUUAACAACAAAAGGAACGUGAAGGCUGGGAUGGAGUGUGAAUGAGAGAGAAGCCAGAGACCCGCCCAAGACCAUUUUACUUUCCUUUCCAAGCAUGGAAAACACAUCUUUGUCACUCUGGUCCUGAAUAAAACGUUAACUGCGA